AUGUUACUGGAACAUCGCCAUGGACAAACAAUGCAGCAACCCUUUGUCGGAUUUCUACGUCCAUUGACUUCGCAUCGCGCCGCAUCUGGAUGCAGAGUACAGGAAGUUGCUUCGAUACCGGCCAAUUAUGCCAAACAAUGGACUGCAACAAACGGGGACUAUGUUGCAAAUCCCAGUUCGCACGAACUACGGCUAAAUCGCAUGCCUGGUCGAAUUCACAGGAACAAUUUCAUCAAGGACAUCCUACCGAUCAACGACAAUACAUCAAUUACACCGACGACAAUGCCGGCUUUUUCUCAGAGCAACACUGCACGUGCCAUGCCUCCCUCUACGCAGUAUCCGAGCCGCACCGACUCUGCUCGACCGCUACCGACAGCGACGUCACGGCCGCCGCCUGCUGGCUCACUGUCCUCGACCCAGUCAAAACAAACAGCUAGCAGUAAAUGUCUUCUCACUCCGCCGCCGCCGAGUACUGAGUUUCACAUUCGCGAUCGCACACACGAUCUCUUCUACUCGAACUGUUACGUCAAUACUGUGCCGCCGACCUUGUCUUGUACGCCAGAUUACCCUUUGAUAGAGACAGAUUCUGAUUUCGACCCCACCUUACUCAGUGAUACACAGCAGACUGCUUCACGACAUACAUUUUCGCCUGAACAACUGCAACAGCUUCGUGAGCAAGUUGCGACAUGCAACUUGUUGUUACAAGAUGAGUUACACAUGCUGCAGCCGACACCGACCGAGCACGACAUGCAACGAGAUGCUUCUGUCAUUGUUCCGCCUCCGACUGCUGACGAUCCUUCGCCGUUACUACCAGCUACAACUAAUACCCUGACGAUCACGCUAUAUGGAUCUAUGUCCCAGAUGUCACAACUGUCAUCAUCACGCCACCUCAAGUGGAAAUUCUACGUUACUGAUGUGAUACAAGCAACUUAUUUACGCCGCUGCCACCUUUCCUUGGUAGUUCCAGACACUUCUUUUCUGUACCACGGCAUAACCAGCCGCAUUCCAGUGCCGCUUGCUUUGCCGCCAUCUUCACUACCUCCGCAAUGUACGACCAACAUAUCUGCAGUUUCUGCUUCGACGAGUGAGCAUCUUUUCACUCCGACACACGACCGUGCAGCAGUUUCGCGUGAGCAGCUUGCAGCCUUACGACUCGACCGCAGCGCUGACAGCACACACGCAGCUCCAGUUCCAUCGAACUGUGUCUCCUCUCCGCCAAGGACCAGUAGUUCAUCCGCCGAUUCAACUUCUUCACGUUCACAUUACGUCUCAUCGCCUUCCUGCUCCGACCACGGUUUCGCCAACCACGUUCGCCUUCCACCACCUCUCGCUGUCGCCAUGCCUCGUGCACAGUGCUCACGGCCACGCCCCCCAACCUUCGAUCACGGCUGUUUCGCACAUCAAAACACCAUCACUGUCAACUCCACUUGGAACAUCCUGCCAUGUACCGCUGUAAUACACUCACUGUCCACGCACUCUGAGGUGACAGUUCCAUCAACACCGAAGUCAUCCGCCGCCAAGGUCAGUCAUGUGCAGCUUGCUGUUUUCUCCCCUGCUGCAAUAUCAAGCGCCUCUAUAACUCUGUCAUUAUCGCGGGUGUUGCUCAUCCGGCAUCUCUUACACAACCUGUUAAGCCACAGCAUGCUUGCUCCUUUAUGUCAUACGGCCAAUAUCAAACUGUUGCCGGACACGUCGCAAUUACCGCGGUGCUCGCCGGUAAAUACUUUGCCAAUACAUCGCAUCACAUCUUCGACAAACUCCGCGCCUUUGAUCGAAUCAAAACCCCGCUGUGCCGCACGGCCUCGGCACGACGAUGUUCUCCCCACCGACACGCCGCCGCCUUCUGCUUCCACCGUGCCAUCAGCAGCAUGGCACGGUCAACCUGUGGACGCCUUCCGCGCCUCCUUCCCUCCGCUGGUCGCGCUUACCAAGACAUCGAGAAACGGUCUGAUGGCGCCUCGCACUAGCGCCUGCCACAACACGAUCGGUCACGCGCACCUGCGCCAACAGUCGGCCAGGUGA